AUGUUCAGUUUUAAUUCACAAUAUGAGGUAACACGGCAACAAGACAACCAACAGGGUACAGUGAUGUUGGCAGCGACAAUCUGUCCUGUAUCAUCUCCCUCGGCUCCGAGCGAAUCUUCUCCUGUCAACCGUUUUCUUGUCGCGCAGAAGGCCCGCGAGCGAGAAUGCAGGGCGGAGCAGAAGAGAAAGCUCAGAAGGGAGCAAAACGCUCUGGUGGCAAGGCUGGACGAGCUGCUUCCUGAUCAAGCCAAGACCGAGAACUUCAAGGGAGUGGGUCACAGAUCGCUGGGGUCCUCCGGUCGAUCGCUGUCCCUCGUCCUGCAGGAUGCCUGUAAAGUUCUGAGGAGUUUGAACGCCCAGCCUAGGCAGCCAAGCUGUCAGGCUCCUACCAGCGCAGCUCUCUACCGCGAGCUUCUUCUGUCGAGCCGAUGCUUGCACAUAAUGGAGGUAGACCUCGACAGACUGAAGGUGACAGCCAUGAGCGAAUCGGCGAAGCAAUACUUCCACCUCACGGAGAGGAAGGACGUAUUCGAGGCUGUCGACCCUCAGCUGCGGGUUGAUGACCACCGGAUGUUUCAGACUUUCGUGCUGGAGCUGAGGUACUCGGCUGAGAGGCGGGUCAGCGCACAAGUGCUUCUGAAAGCUCAAGGAAAACAGAAGCAGGAAAGCAAGCCGUCGAUUCCUGCCUUCCUGGUCGAGUCAGACUGUCAGCUGCACCAUGUGAACGCGUUCCUCGCCAGGACCGGAGUGACUGCGGGCAGAUGGAACCUUGCCGUGCUCGUGUUCUCUCCCUCAGAAUCGAUCCGAGGACAGCAAGGAGGACAAGAACGUCCUGCCCCUCCCUGCAAUAGCCGCAUGUUGCUCACUUCCCAGCUCACGUCCAAUGAGGCGAACCUGAUGAAUCGUCUGGCGUUCUUCGCUCCUGGCGGGGUCAAGGUGACUGCAGUCAAGCGAGUAUGA